AUGAAGGCCAUUAAGGGGGCCUGGAUGAAGAUAUAUACGCCUAUCGUGGUUCAGUGCAAGUUAGAGAUAAGAAUGAACUUAUCUAAUCGGUCAAUUGAUAUAAGAACAUGCAGCAAAACCACAACGGCAGUGGCUAUCCAAAGAGCCGAAGAGUUUAUUAAGGCAGUGGUUUUAGGUUUUUCAGUUGAAGAUGCCUUAUCUAUUCUUCGAAUGGACACUAUCUAUGUUGAUGGUUUUGAUAUUGAAGAAGUACGUAUCUUAAGAAACGAUCACGUGGGACGAGCCAUAGGACGUAUAGCCGGUAAGAAAGGGAAGGUAAAGACCAAUCUAGAGAAUAUCUCGCAAACUAGAAUUGUACUAGAGGACAAGCAUAUAAGAAUCUUAGGCACGGCUGAGAAUAUUGCUUUAGCCAAAACUGCGAUUAGUAAGUUGAUCAUGGGCUCGCAACCGGCUAAGGUAUGCACGGAUUUGCGAACUAUUUCCAAGAAGGUCCAGGAACGACUGUGA